AUUUAAUCAGCAUUAUAAACAUCGGUCCUUAAUUCGCGAAAAUAUAAUUUAUAUAAUAACGCUUAACAUAUGUAUAAAAAAAUACAGACGGAAUUUAGAACCUAGCCUUUUCGGAGUCUCUUAACUAUGGCUUCUGCCCUAUCAAAAAGUUUUUAUCCUCUACCUUAAACUUCGAUCUAGCUACGUCGUUUAGCUAAGACGGGGAUUUAUUGACAAUUCUCUCAUCAACUUUAUUGAGAGGGUAGUUUGUUAUAGAAGUGUGACCGGUUCGCUGCAUAAAAUAUUAAAAGCAAUAUGUAUUAUCAAAAUUUGCUUCUGGUUAUAUUAACCUUUAUAUUAUACGAUAACACAGUGAAUAUAUACGCCUAUAGAACUUUCGAUGUGGACGGUGUUGAAACUAUACUAGCGUUGGAAAACGAGACGAUUAAUAUAGAAUGUAAGACCGAUGGGCCACUAUCAUACUGUGGAUUCGUACAUCCAACUGGAAAAAGAUAUUCGUUUAAAAGUCAAGAGCUUCACCUGGGUCGUUGUUUUAAUAAAGUGAAUGUGACAAAACAAGAUAUUGGAGAAUGGACUUGUCACCUAGGCAAAAGUGCUAUAGGCGUGGAAACAACGAGGAAGAUAAUAGUGAGAAUAGUGAAUCGUGUUGCCGCUAUAAAGCAGAAUGUAACGACUAACCCUGGUAGAACAGUCAACUUGGAAUGCGCCGUUAUAGAGGGAAUGAGGUCAUUAGAAUACUGCCGCUUUGAGUCUCCGAACGGGAUCGCCUUCAAUAUUGAUUCAGUUAUGAAUUAUUCUAACCGAAUUUUGGAUAAAUAUUUUUAUCCACGAAACAGAAGUUUAGACCGUGGUGAUUGCGUUGUGACAAUAAGCAAUGUGAAAUAUGAGGAUGCCGGUUCUUGGAUUUGUGGAGCUGAACUGGAUGAUGGAAAAGAGUAUAUUGAUGUUAUCACGCUCAAAAUUGAACAACCUAUGUCUGACCUCGUGACUGGAGUUAUAACCUUUGCGGUGAUUCUAUGCUUGAUCGGCAUUUUUGCGUGGAGGAAGAGGAUUUUUUCGAAGUCUCCAUCGUUGGAGCAGAUCGAGAUGGAGGACAUGGAGGCGCAGCAAAGGUUGAGGGCAACGCAGAGUUCACCACAACCGUUUCCGCAGCCGGAACGGAAUGAUCCUGUUGUAUUUCAGUUACCAUCUGAACCAAGUUCGUCGCCAGUAACGGCUACACAGCAAAGAUCAGUAAGAAAAUAUAUUUACUUAUAAUAACUAAAUUUAUAGUGUAACGAUAUGGUAAAUAGACAGCGUAAUGUUGUGAAUUUGACGAAUGUAUCUAGUUGUGAGAUUUGUUCGCAAAUCGGAUAAAUAUUAAUUAUGCUUAAUUCAACAUAAGUAAUUAUAAUUUAUUUCAUUCUAUCAUUAUAUACUCACUAUACUUAUUAUUAUAGACACACGCCUUUUCUCAAUCUCUUUUAUCUUUCUGUUAUUUAAAAAAUACUCUGUAAUACUUCUAUUAUGUACCAAAAAUAAAUUAACAACUAGAGGUAACUGCUUACUAUCAAGUGAGCCGUAUGCUUGUUCUCCACCUUCAUCUAAAUAUGAAUUACGCUGGAUUUUUGUCUUUAUAACAAUAUAUAGAUAUGUUAAUUGUAAACUUUAUUCUUGGAAACUAGAUAUACCUACUUAGUAUAAAGUAAAAUGAUUAUAUCAUAGAUUAUUACGUAAGUACGUUAUAUUAAGUCUAUGGGUUAUAUUGUCCUGAUGUUAUAUUUUGAAUAUAUUAUUUUAAUAUUACUCUCAUAAUAUUUUAUAAGGUUGUUGUGUAAAUAUAUGGUGAAAGGACUGAUAAAAU